AUGGACGACGACCCUGCCGAGCGUGUGUUCCUCAGGUUGCUCUCGCGCCGUGCCGUGACCUUCCGCCCCCUUUGGGACUGUGUAAUCCUGCUCUUUGAGUUCAUGCCGGGGAGACUGGACGGCUUCAUUGGCCUUCGGCUGUUGCAUGUUUUGAUGCUCGUCGAUGGCCGAUGCAUUGCCUUUGCUUUCCGGCUUGCACGUCACGUCACUCGACUCGUCCACCGCCGGUCCGCCGCCGUCGCCGCUGUUGUACCAUCCACUCGUCCAUCCAAGCUACCACCUCCCCGCUUCCAGUGGACGCAAGAUUCCACGACCUUCCGAAGGGUUGUCAAGGGACAACGUGGGCCAGUGGGGGACGGUGACUUGGCCGUGGCCGACAGCCAGACAAACGACUCCAUCCAGCUGUACCAGCUUGCUGUCGUUGCCCCCCUCCCCAGGGUACCUCCCUUGUCGCUCCAAUGGCCAGCGGCCUCGGGAUUUUGA